AUGAAUGAUUUCAAUCGUCAUGCGUUUCUCUUUGUGUGUGCAGCACUAGCCCUAAGUGCUCCAUGCCUAGCAAAUUUCCAUGAAGACAAUUGGGAGCUUCGUCCUGGUAGAUGGCAUGUACACGUGGUAAAUAACUUGGGAGCCGGAAAAACAUUGUUCGCCCAUUGUCAGUCCAAGAAUGACGAUAUCGGAAACCGUACCAUAGCACCUGGGGCUGAGAUCACUUGGAGCUUCAAGCCGAACUUCUUCGGGACGACGCUGUAUUGGUGUUACACGCGCACGGACCAUGAGCAUACGGCGUUCGAUGUGUAUUGGGAGGAGAGUAAACAUAAUUGGCUGCGUUACAGAUGCAACUAUAAGGAAUGCUUUUGGAUUGCAAAGGAUGAUGGGUUUUAUAUACGAGUUAUUCCUGAAAAACGUGAUGAGUUGAUUCACAAAUGGGAGCCGGGGUGGUAG